UCUGAUUGGCCAAAUCUUUGAACUACUUCUUCGCCGUGGUGGGUCUUAUAACCCUGCUCCGCCAUUCUUGUUGUCGAUGAAUUGAGGCUUUGCUCGCACUAUUGUAUAACCAGAGACUGGGAAGUCAGAAAGUGAAAUAUCAUCCUCUGACUCCCUCCCGAACUUCGAACUCCCGUUUCCCUUUCCUUCUUUCUUUCUUUUCAUUUCUAUCCGUACGCGGUAGAUACACCCAUCCUACAACUUCACCUUGAAGUCCCCCAUUCGCUAAUCUCCCGAGUCCCUGACUUCUGAGCCAGGCACCAUCGCUCCAGCCAUACUGGUGUCUUGACUCUGAGCAGGUUUCUACCCCCGCCAACGCCAACUAGCAGCUGACGACCCUUGCGAUUGACUGCAAGUUUGGCUUAGUCGUCAAAACAGAAAUCUACUGCACGCAAUACCUACCAAAACACAAUCAUACAUAGUAAAGUAAACUACCUGGAGUCAAUCGGAAAUAUCCAUUUCAGACCAGGCCAUCGUGGAGUCGUCUAAGGAGCGAACGAGGUGCUCACUGGUGAAUCCGUGCCCAGACCUAUCACAUCUACGCUCUUUCGAAUCCGCCAAGCCACCAGUAUCUCUAAAGUGUAUUAUAACUACUAUUCCACCGUCACUAACAGUAUUAUCGUCAUGUCGAAUACGUCCCGAAACAACUCUUCUACUUCUCUGAUGGGCUUCUCCGUCCACCAGCCUUCAAUUGGCUCCCCCUUACAGUUCUUCCCUGCUAUGGGUUCCAAGCAGCUGGACGAGAUGAUCGACGCAUACGUUCUUGGAGAUGCUCCUAUCACCGAUAAGCGUGCUGCGGUCUCCAUGGAGUUCUUUGAACAUAGCAUGGCUACUGGUGAACUCUUCAAAUUCUUCAUGGUCUAUCCUUCUCUAGGAUCUGCCACGGAAUCGCCGUCUGGCUCCAUGCUUGACUCCGGCUAUGGUUCUAGCUUCACCUCUCCAGUCAUGUCCGAGAGCCAAUGGGCGCAAUCUAGCAGUGCUCCAUUGCCGUCUAGCGAGUCCAUGCCCGGGAAAACAUCUACUAAGAGAAUGGCUCUAUCCAAUGAUUUCUCUCAUCUCCCCGGCAUGAAGAUCAUCACUAAAGAUGGAAAGGACGUCACUAAUAUGACAUCCCGUGGCUGCAAGACCAAGGAACAGCGUGACCACGCCCAUCUGAUGCGGAUCAUCAAGGCAUGCGACUCAUGCAGGAGAAAGAAGGUGCGUUGUGACCCCAGCCAUAAGAGGUCGACAGGUUCUUCUACGGCCAAGAUAUCCAAGAAGACGAAGAAGACUGCUGCUGUAGCGACGCCGUCGUCAGCACCACCACCUCAACAGACACUAGAGCCUUUAGGAAGUUUCCUACACACUCCGUCAUUCGAUAUUUCGGACGAAGCCCCAUCGUUGUCAUUUGACUCUGCCGUGUCCGAGGUAUUGGUCGACCUUCCCAUGGACUGGAAUCAGUUCAUCCAAUUCGACGAGGAACCAACCGAACCUAUCCCAACUGACUACGACUUUUUCCACGACCCCCAAGGCUUCCUAUCGCCUACGUCGUACGCCUCGGUCUCCCCGUCACAACAAAUUACGUCUGCUCAGACACACGGCGUUGACAGCAUGGUGUCUGACACACUCGGGGGAGAAGCACGACUACCAUUACCGCCGUACCUAAUCCCAGGUGGUGAAGCUAGCAAUAACUACGCCGACUUCAACCUGUACUCUCCAGGUUCUUCAACUAGCCUUGAAGACGACCCAAGCCUAAGCAAGGAAGUCGCAGCAACGCCUCUUCCUGGCUACUUUGAACACUCCCACCAUCAACGACUAGUAGAUUGUGGCGGUCAGGAGACUGCUAUACACGAGAAUCAGAACUUUGAUACGCAAUUCGCUCCUGCAAAUAUACAAUGCCGUACUUCACCUUUAGGAUUGGAACAAGGUCUGCCACAAGCCUGUUUAGACACACUGCCAUACCCUGAGGGUGCACCUCCUAGGUAUAGAAGCAGACAACAGCUUGAACAAUGUCCCGAGUGGCAUGUUUCGACUUCCCCAGAUGGGCUCAGCCUAGCAUCGACUGUCGAAUCAUAUAAGUCAUGGCCGCAGCCACGUAAUAUAUCAUCGCCGACAGAAGUGGACUUACGGAGGACCGGUCUGGACUCGUUCAUGACACCACUAGAUGCGACAUCUCUCGGGCAAGGGUACCUGCCUAAACCGAUAACUAGGUCGAUCGCGACAGAUCAACAGCUAUUGAGUGGUGCUGGUACCUCGAGUACUACGUCUAGUGCUCUGGUAGCGCCCUCAUCCAUGACUACAGAUCAAUCAUCAAGAAGUCAAUCACCGCAGAAUCAUAAUCGCCACGCCCAAAGCAAGCCCGUACGUAGUGUGUCAUUGAUGCUACGCUCUCCUGCUCUAGAAAGUUACGAGGCGGGCGUAGCAUGGCCGUCUCUUGUCUCUUCGUCACUGCCUACUCAGCCUACGCGAUUCCCAAGGAACAUACCUUUGAAGGCGAUAUCGUCCCUCAUGCCAGAAUUAGGCAUCGAAGACGCCCAUGAAGGCAACAAUUCCGCCGAUAACAGUUCUGCUGGCUUAACUACCCAGGAUACCACAAUGCCCGGCGCCAAUACGCAGAGUGGCCCCCCCGAUGGAAGCGUCCCAUCUGCAUCUCUAUCGGGACCUAACAAUGGUGUGCUCCGUUCGAGUAUACUAGUUUCUCCUCUUGCCAUGACAGCUCUCCAUGCCUUGACAUUCUUAUUUAUCAUAUGCACGGUUUGCCAAUGGCGGAUAUUCAGCAAUAGCGCUGAACAGUUCCAAAUUACCCCCGUUUUGGCAGGGUUCCUACCGGUUGCCCUUGCUUCUACCAAGCUACGGCAGCGUCCCAUACAACAUGCGGACACGCAGGAUCUGUCCGUGCGAUCUCGUUCCUUUCUAAAACGACUUCCUUUUACUGUCACCGGCAGUAUCAAGCUGGGGUAUUUCCAACUAUCAGGGAGUUUCUCCAAGAGUCAUUGCAACUUCGAAAAGAAAUAUAGCUUGCAGGUAUCUAAUGGGUUCCAAGGGAUGCGACGCUUGCAACACAUCACGAGUAUUGCGUGGUGAUGACGGUCAUUGCAAAGACGAUGACGACGAUAUCACAAUUUGGGAUGGAUAAUAUGUAUGUAUUUAUAUGGUUGGUUGUGCGGAUGUGUCGCUUUUAAAAGGAAGAUACCCUUGGUUGAAUAGAAGAUGGUCGAUUCGAUGUGUGCUUCUGGCUCGCAGUAGAGGAAAGACGGUGGUUGAAGGCUGAUUUAGCCGACGAUCGUACACCUCCAGGCUACCACCUACCUACUUAUAGUCUUAGACCAAUACGACCCUCAACUGCUUUUAUUAAUGCAACCGCCCCCUGUUAGCAACUCUAUGAAAUGAGUGCAAAAACCAACCUUUCUUAGCAAUACAUAUUUACAUAUGUACAUGAUAC